AUGAGGCGGUCGUUCACAGAGAGUCCAAAAGAUAUGAAGGAGACUCUACUGGCUAAGAUGGACGAGUUGAUGGCUAUGGUAAAAGGAGCGCCCACACCUGGAGAGCCCACACCUGCACCGCAAAAUGAGGAACAAGAGGCGAGUGAUAACGAAGAUGUCUUCCCAGAAGAUUGGGAAGCAGAUGAUAACGAGGCACCGUCAACUCCAUUGGAAGCAAUUAUCACGGCCAUUGGGGAUACACAAUCACAGGACGAAGUCCUACUUCUACCUGGACCCCCAGAAAAUGUGCCAUUUGUGAGGAAGAGGAAGCCGCCAAAGUACUUGAACGACUACACUGCGGAAAAGAAAAAGAGGCGAGUUCUUCCGGAGAACGUAGACCCGGAGAGACCAGCAGACCGUAGAUUGCUUCGUACGUUCAAGAGGUGGUUGAUUAGAGACAUUCCCAAUGCCCGACCUAGGAAUGUGCACACCGGUGUUGGCGAUGUCAAGUUCUUCACAACUUUGUUUCUUAGGUCGGAGUGGCUUCACGAUGAUCACAUAGAUGCCAUAUCACACUUGAUGAGGAGGAGACGCCAUCAUUUUCCAGAGUUGUACCCUCAGCCAGGUGUGAUUUUGGACACAACACUUCCACAAUUCCUCAUAGGCAUUUGGAGCUGCCAGACUGGUGACAGAAGUACGUUCGAAUGGCCAGAUGCAGUGAACCAGUACUAUCUGGGUAUGGAGAGCCGUUACAUGCCAUGUUGGAAGGAUUUGAACUUCAUAUACUUCGUCCUGUACUUCGAUCAUCAAAAACAUUGGGUUGCUGUUGAGGUAGAUAUUGAUAUGUGGCAGAUUCGGGUGUACGAUAAUGAUUUAUCAUGCACCACCGACGCACAGUUUGAUGCCAUCAUGCUACCUUGGACUGAGUUGUUUCCAUAUCUGCUGAGGUCUACUGGCUAUUAUGAUCAAGUGAACAACAACAUUCUGAAUGUGGACUUAGGGGACAGUAGCCAACUCAGAUCAAGUAAAACAAGUGGUGAUUGCAGGGUGUAUGCACUUGAGUACAUCGAACACCUAAUGCUGAAUCGGUCCUUGGACAACAUUACAGACGAUAGCAUGAGAAUGUUCAGAGAUCGGUGGUGUAUAAUUCUCUUAGCAAUGUCUACUAGAAGGAACAAGGGCAAAUUUCCGAUUCUUACUCCUGAAGAGAUCAAGCAGGAGCCUGAUUGUGGGGAAAUUACGCCUCAAAUGCAAAAAGUGCUUGACGACAUGAAACGUUUUGAAGAUGAACGGCUUAUGAACGAGUGGAGGCUACAUGUCGCUUCAUGUCGCAAAUGUAAUCGUUAA